AAAACCCAGCCCAGCAGACCAGUCGACUCAGUCACGAGCAUCCAAAUCCCAAGCCAACACACACCUCACCCUCCUCCUCCUCCUCCCUCCUCCUCACCACACACGCUACACGCCACCUCCUCCUCCCCGGCUCCCACGCCGCCCCGAUCCCCUUCCCCGAGAGCAGCCCCCCACGUGACCCGGAUCCGACCGCGCUGCCGCCCCCCGGCUUCAUCCCCCGUCCACGGCCGCCCAAUUCGCGGGAAUUCCUCGAUUCCCGGAGGCCCGGCCGUCGAGGCAGAUCCAUGGAGCGGAGCCGGCCGCAGCGUCGAGGCUAGCACAUCGGGAGGAGCUCUCGGUUUCGUAGCUCACAGAGAAUUCUCUUGCCGUUUGGCUCCGCAAACGUGGCUGCGGCGAUGGCGAUGGCGAAUCCUUCCGCGGCCGGUGCCCCAGGAAUCUGUAGCGACGCACUAUUCCGGGAGCUAUGGCAUGCUUGUGCCGGUCCGCUGAUCACAGUACCCAGACAAGGCGAACGAGUCUACUACUUUCCCCAGGGUCAUAUGGAACAGCUUGAGGCGUCUACAAACCAGCAGCUUGACCAGUACCUGCCGAUGUUCAACCUACCAUCCAAAAUCCUAUGCAGCGUGGUCAACGUAGAGCUCCGGACGGAAGCUGAUUCAGAUGAAGUUUACGCUCAAAUUAUGCUGCAACCAGAGGCUAAUCAAGGUGAGCUCACAAGCUUGGGUCCUGAGCCGCAAGAACUAGAAAAAGGCACCAUACAUUCCUUUUGCAAGACACUGACAGCUUCGGAUACGAGUACCCAUGGUGGUUUCUCUGUUCUUAGGAGACAUGCUGAAGAGUGUCUUCCUCCGCUGGACAUGUCUCAGAAUCCACCAUGUCAAGAACUGGUAGCCAAAGAUCUCCAUGGAACUGACUGGCAUUUUCGUCACAUAUUUCGGGGACAACCUAGGCGACAUCUACUUACAACUGGCUGGAGUGUCUUUGUUAGCUCAAAAAGAUUGGUUGCUGGUGAUGCAUUUAUCUUUCUGAGAGGUGAAAAUGGUGAGUUGCGGGUCGGAGUAAGGAGGCAUAUGAGGCAAGUAAAUAACAUGCCAUCAUCUGUGAUAUCAAGCCACAGCAUGCAUCUUGGAGUCCUUGCAACAGCCUCCCAUGCAAUCUCCACUGGGACCCUCUUUUCUGUUUUCUAUAAACCCAGAACAAGUCAAUCUGAGUUUGUGGUGAGUGUUAACAAGUACCUUGAAGCGAAGAAGCAGAACAUUUCCGUUGGAAUGAGAUUUAAGAUGAAAUUUGAAGGCGAUGAAGCUCUUGAAAGAAGGUUCAGUGGAACAAUAAUUGGUAUUGGGAGCACGCCGACGGUGUCAACAUCUCUAUGGGCAGAUUCUGAUUGGAAAUCUCUGAAGGUCCAAUGGGAUGAGCCUUCAUCCAUUCUUCGUCCAGAUAGAGUUUCACCAUGGGAAUUGGAGCCACUGGAUGCAGCUAAUCCACAACCCCCUCAACCUCCACUGAGAAAUAAGCGUCCCCGACUUCCAGCUUCACCUUCUGUGGUUCCAGAACUUGCUCCGAAAUUUGGACUAUGGAAGUCCCCAGCUGAACCAAGCCAAACCCUCUCAUUUUCAGAACCACAACAGGCUCGAGGGUUAUUUACUAAUUCACGCUUCUCAUCAUCAUCAAACGUUGCAUUCAAUCAGUUCUACUGGCCAGCAAGAGAAUCAAGAGAAGACUCUUAUGCUGGAAGUACUAACAAAGUCACUGUUGAAAGAAAGCUUGAACCAGCUGCUGGUGGGUGCAGAUUAUUUGGAAUUGAGAUAAGAUCUGCUGUGGACGAAACACAACCCGUGCUAACUGUCUCAGGUGAUGGUUAUGACCAAACGGCUGCAUCUGUGGACGUGGACUCUGGCGAGCUCUCGCAGCCAUCCAAUAUCAACAACUCUGGUGCCCAAGCAGCAAGCAGUGAGCGUGCUCUUCUUGAGACCCAAAGUCGCCAAGUUAGAAGCUGCACAAAGGUAAUUAUGACGGGAAUGGCAGUUGGAAGAGCAGUGGACUUGACAAAGCUAUAUGGGUAUGUUGAUCUUCACUGCAAGUUGGAGGAGAUGUUUGAUAUACAGGGGGAGCUAUGUUCCACACUCAAGAAAUGGCAGGUUGUUUAUGCCGAUGAAGAGGAUGAUAUGAUGCUUGUUGGGGACGAUCCUUGGGACGAGUUUUGCAACAUGGCGAAAAGAAUUUACAUUUAUACAUAUGAGGAGGCCAAGCAAUUGGCACCAAAGGCCACCAAGCUCAGCCGUGUGAACUCAUCACAUGAAUCGGUCACUCCGCAGAGUGGCUCAGACUAUCCAGCCUCGUUUGCCAAUGCAGAUUGCUGAAUGCUAAGUUGCUAACUUUGCUCUAAUUACGCUCUUUCUUCCUUUGAUCAUUCGGGGAAAUUGCCCAUGAUCAUCCGCUCUACUCAGGAGAGCUAUGAUUGCUUCACGGACAAAAGACAUUGUGUGCGUUGCUGUGGUGGGUUUGGUCCUGUGUCAGCAAAGAGGCAUUCUGGCAUUUCGUGACGUUUAGUCGCCAGUUGUUUUAUGCGAGAACUGGCGGUGAGCCGCAGUAUGCAUAUUGCCGUAGACUUUGCCUUCGUUGCUUGCUACAGUAGUAAAUAGGCGUAUGUAUAUAUUGAUCUUUUGGGUACCUGUACGAAUUGAUGCAAUUCAGCAAUUGUUACUUUUAGCAGCAGCAACCUUUUCGCUAGUGGUGGCGGUGGUUAGUAUGUUUCUGUAUCGUGUAUACCUUUCUCCCUCGUGGAAGCCAUCUGUAUAUAUCUAAGAAGUAAAGUUGUGUUUUAUGGUCU